UUGCUCUAUAUCGGAUCGAGUAAUUCACCGUCUCGGAGGGUUACUGUCAUACCAGAGUACACACGUACUGUUUAGUUAAAAAGUAUCUUUCAGUGCCAUUUUUGCCGCCCGGGCGUACACAUCGCCCUAGUAUGUUUAAGUUUAUUAAUUAAUUAAUAAUCUACUUUGCUGAGGGUAUUUUCAAUCUAGUGGAGUAGAUUUUGUAUCAACUUUACCGUCUCCAAGCUGAAAUGUACAAAUAAAAUCUAUAUUUUUUUGAGAAAAUUUCUUAAUAAUAAAUGAGGAAAAAAAUAAUAAAUUUUGCUACUGUGGGACCAAAAUAUUAUCUGUGAUUUAUUUACGUGCCAAAGAUAUUUUCUUCACUGGAUUAAGAAUUUAUUUAUAUAAUUAAAUAAUCAAAGAAAUUAUUUAUUUAAACUGCCAUGACUGGACACUCUACGAGAACAAGCAGCGAAGCCAUAAGACUAGAGCCUAUUGGCAGGACCUCAAGUUCUAGAAGUCCUGGACAAAAUGGGACUGCUAACACCGAAAUUCCGGAAAUUUCUGGUGAUAGUAACACUGGGUUGCAUAAACGGAGCAUCUACGAGCACAAUGGAGUCGCGGUGUGCUCACAGAAACGCGCAUUAUGCAUCGCGACUAUUGUUUUCGCCACUUUGUUCGCCAUAUCACUUAUUAUCGCGUUCGCGGGACCACAAAAUGACUGCCCAUGUGCCGGUGAAAGACCGGAUAAUCUAGGGAUCGAUGAUGAUUACGAAAGUCUAGAGCCAUUAGCGACAAAUGGAGAGAUAUUCCCAUGGGAUAACGUAAGACUCCCAUCAUUUGCGCACCCAACCCGCUAUAACAUCACAAUCCACCCAAACUUAACAACCCUAGAAGUGAAAGGCCAAGUAACAAUCGAGUUCUACGUCGACAAAGAGACCAAUUUCGUAGUCUUCCACAGUAAAAACCUGACAAUAACCGAAAAGAUGGUGCAGAACCGAAAGGGGCAUGACAUGAAGAUCAGCCGACUUCUGGAGUACCCCAAGCACCAGCAGCUCUACCUAGAGUUAGAAGAAACCAAGUUCCGAAAGCGUGGCAACUAUUCAAUCCACCUGAGAUUCGUCUCACAAUUAACCAGCGAACUGGAGGGAUUCUAUUUAAGCACCUACACCACUGCCGAUGGUGACAAAAGGUACCUAGCAACGACCCACUUCGAGCCUACCUACGCCAGAUCAGCGUUUCCUUGUUUCGACGAGCCUCAAUUCAAGGCCAGGUUCCGGGUGUCUAUCUUCAGGGACCGAUUCCACAUCGCGCUGUGCAACAUGCCGAUAACUAACACAGAGGACGCGGGCUUCUACAUGGGCCGUGGGUUGUCGAACUUCCAGCUCAGGGACGACUUUGAAGAAUCCGUGGAGAUGUCAACCUACUUGGUCGCCUUCGUAGUCUGCGACUUCAAGCGAAUCUCCCAGUUGACCAGCAGGAAUGUGUCUGUCAGCGUUUACGCAUCCGAAACAAUGCUGCCACAAGCAACUUUCGCCCUAGAUACUGCCGUUAAGGUCAUGGACUACUUCGAUGACUUCUUCGGCGUCCACUAUCCUUUGCCUAAGCAAGAUCUAAUCGCAAUUCCGGAUUUCGCAGCCGGUGCCAUGGAAAACUGGGGCUUGAUCACUUACAGAGAAGCCUCCAUCCUUUACGAUCCUCAGGAAACUUCCACAGUCGCUCACGAAUGGGUUGCUGUGGUGAUAGCUCACGAACUGGCCCACCAGUGGUUCGGAAACUUGGUUACCAUGAAAUGGUGGAACGAUUUGUGGCUAAACGAAGGAGCAGCUUCGUUUUUUGAAUAUAAGGGUGUUAAUCACGUGGCUCCGCAUUGGAAUAUGAUGGACCAGUUUGUACUGGACAAGACCCAGUCGGGAUUAAGCUUGGACGGACUGGCUACCAGUCAUCCUAUCAGUGUCCCAGUUAAGGACCCAGCGGAGAUCGAAGCUAUCUUUGACACCAUCAGCUACAAUAAAGGUGCCAGUAUCUUGAAUAUGUUAGAAGGCUUCUUGGGUGAGGAGGUCUUUAAGAAGGGGCUCAAUGAGUAUCUUAACGUCCACGCUUAUGGCAGUGCUGAUACCAACGACCUGUGGGCCGUCUUCACUAAACACGCUAACAAGAGCUUCGAUGUCAAGGCUAUCAUGGACACCUGGAUCCAACAAACAGGUUUUCCGUUGGUUAGCAUCAGGAGAGAAGGAAAGAUGAUCACUGCCAGUCAGAAGAGGUUCAUGCUCACUCAGGAUAAUGAGACGCUGGUAGGCGGCAAGCCGUUUAAGUGGUACGUUCCGUUGAGCUACUAUGUUGACAAGGAUCCUAGUACUGUCUUCAAUGUCUGGAUGAACUUGUCAGAUGUGACCUUUGAGAUCCCGGAGAACACCAGCUACAUCAAGUGCAAUGUCAACCAGUCUGGGUUCUACAGGGUGACCUAUCCAGAAGAGAUGUGGGACGCGAUCAUUGAAACCUUGAUUACCAAGCACCAGCAAUUCAGUCCGAUAGAUAGGGCCAAUUUGGUAGAUGAUGCGUUUACAUUGUGCGAAGCUGGGGAGAUCAAUGCUAGCAUUCCGCUGAGGUUGAGCUUGUAUUUAUUAAAGGAACGUGAUUAUGCGCCCUGGGCCACGGCGUUGAGCUACUUGCACUCUUGGAAGGGCAAGCUGGCUGAGAGUUCUGGCUACAAGAGGUAUAUUGUUUUUUUGAAGAAGCUUCUAGGGCCGAUCACGGAGUUUGUUGGAUGGAAGGAUGAAGGCGAUCAUUUAACAAAGUGGCUCAGGAUAGCAGUUCUCCAAGCGGCAAUUGAACUCAAACUAGAGGAAGUCGUCAAGCCUGCAAAGAACCUCUUCGAGGACUGGAUGCUCCGCGGCAAGCGGAUUGUCCCCAACAUCAGGGACGUCGUCUACAUCGCUGGAGUUAGGUUUGGUGGAGAGAACGAGUGGAACUACUGUUGGGAGACCUUCAGGAAAACCCAAGUCCCCAGUGAGAAAAGGCUGAUGCUCCAGGCUCUGGGAGCCUCCACGGAUCCAUGGUUGCUACAGCGGUAUUUACUAAAGACUCUGGACCGCGAGAAUGUUAAGUCUCAGGAUGUCGAAGCGGUGAUUUCGGCGGUGGCUAGGAAUCCGGAUGGAAGAAGUCUUGCUUGGAGACAUCUCAAGGCCUACUGGCCUCAGUUCCAUGCGCUCUUUGGAAACGGAUCGCUUACUAUGGGCACGCUUAUCUCGACAGUCGUCUCGGAGUUCUUUACUGAAUAUGAUUAUCAAGAGGCGACAGAGUUCUUCAGUGACGUAGAAGUAGGAAGCGGCCAGAGGGCGCUGGAGCAGAGUUUGGAAACAAUAAGGUUCAACAUUCGGUGGGUAAAGGAGAACGCCGACACGAUAGACCAAUGGCUGAUUGACUACCUAAAGGAUCACAACGGCUAAUUUGGUUAUUAAUCACAUUAAUUACUUAAAUAAAAGUAUUAAUUACUAUUAUGAUAAUAACAAUAACAAUCAUAAAUACACUAAAAUUCAACGUACAAUUUAUACCGGUAACUAUAUAAAUUAUAUAU